AAGUUGGGUUGAGCGGCAGGCCGAGGCCGGAAGUGCAAGUUCCAUUUUCGAUUUGUUAAUUCUCUAUUCUAUGUCCAUUCGAGGUUGUUUUCCCAACUCGAGUCGCAGCUGCCGGAGCCGAAACAUCCACCGCGUCUGGGCCUGACAUAAUCGCGCAGAAAUGUCGCACAUGUCAUAUAAUGGUGGGGCUGUGAUGGCUAUGAGGGGCAAGAACUGUGUGGCAAUUGCAGCUGACAGACGGUUUGGGAUUCAGGCGCAGACGGUGACAACUGACUUCCAGAAAAUCUUUCCAAUGGGCGACUGGUUAUACAUUGGACUGGCCGGUCUUGGCACAGACGUGCAGACAGUUUCACAACGUCUCAAGUUCAGGUUGAACCUCUAUGAACUAAAAGAAGGCAGACAGAUCAAGCCCAAAACGUUUAUGAGCAUGGUUUCAAACCUCCUUUACGAGCGACGAUUUGGCCCAUACUACGUUGAACCAGUAAUCGCGGGUCUCGACCCAAAGACAUUUCAACCGUUUAUCUGUUCGCUCGACUUAAUUGGGUGUCCAAUGGAGACAGAAGAUUUUGUGGUCAGCGGGACAUGCGCGGAACAAAUGUACGGCAUGUGCGAAUCGCUGUGGGAGCCCGACAUGCAAGCAGAAGACCUGUUUGAAACAAUAUCUCAGGCCAUGCUGAAUGCAGUGGAUCGAGAUGCCGUGUCUGGAAUGGGUGUCAUUGUUCACGUUAUUGAAAAGGACAAGGUUACCACCAGAACACUAAAGGCUCGCAUGGAUUAAAGACUCAAAUUCCUCAGCAAACUUUGCAAUACAGCCUUUUCUUAAAAACAUACAACUUUUUUUUCUCUGUUCUGGGACACUGAGAAUAUAUGGUGUGACUCAGUUGAUAUAGUCAAUUGUAAAUCUCUCAUUCUACUUGGUCACAGAACAUUCUGUUUAUAAGAGAGGAGUGUAAUUUAAACAAAUAAAUUAGCUCUCCAAACAAGGUAGAUUAUAAGCAGAAUACUUUGGUAUUUCUGUUGUGUACAGUGAAAAAUGUCAUAAGGCUUUCUGAAUUUUUGUUACAUGGCAUAUGUGAGUUUGUGCUGGAAAGGGUUUAAAAAAAACAGUUGUUUGCUAACCCUAAGCCAGAAUUCUGCAAUCUACAAAUGUCCCAUUACAGAAUUAAUAAAAGAACACAAAGACUUUA